CAUCAGUAGGGAGCCCAAUAACAAUCUCGCCGCCCAAGCAUCCGGCGCGUCACACACGGUUUCGUGCAAGGCAGUAUGGUCUGUCCAUAUGAGUUAAUUGCAGGUCUGCCAUCAAUGCUGUAACGUGUGUGGGCCAGCGAUUUAGCGCGGGUGGGGCUGAGAAUUUCCUGGUCGAUGAUCCGUCGAUGCAGCCGCAGCACGUCGACGAUAUCAGUGUUUAUUAAAAUAGGUACAUACAUCAAGCUCAUACCAAUUUAACCUAUCAAUUACAGCCGCUUGACCUUGAAGCGCUAGAGAAUGGCGCCCAAGAAGAAGGAAGACAAAGACGCUCCGCCUCCAGAAGAUACCAAUCCUUAUGGAGUGUUUGUUAGUGUUACAAUGCCGUCGGCGACGGUCGUCCUGGACGUGCAGGACGAUGCCGCGGCGCAGCGCGAAACCCACAUCACCCUCAACAUCCCGGGCUGCCACGUUCCCUGGGCCUCAGCCCACACCGCGCCCUCGGAGGGCGGCGUGUACCAGUACAGCGUGGUGAAGCACUUCAGGCGCUCGGGCGGCCAGGACGGGCUCCUGCAGCUCAUCAACGGCGUGUUGACUGUGACCGUGAACGACAGCGCCACCAAUGCGGUGCUCGCCAGCGCCACCGUUGACCAGCUGCAGGGGUUUGCAAUCGGUCAGAACACAUGGAGCACCGAGGGUCUCGAUCUGGUGCCCGCAGCGGAGGUGCCGGAGGGGGUGCCCAAGGCCCGCAGCGCGCGCCUGGCCUUCGCCUCCAUUGCGCUGCAGGAGCGGCCGCUGCCGGAGGGCGCCGACGCGGCCGCGCUGGCCGCCGCGCCGCCGCCGCCCGAGGCGGAGCUACCGCCGCUGCUGCCGUACAGCUACGUGAGCGGCGAGGCGGCGGAGAAGGGCAACAUGGUGGAGCUGGUCGUGAGCGGCCUGUCCCCGCUGCCGCCCAACCUGCAGGCGGCGGCGGACGCGGCCGGCGGCAAGCUCCACGUCACUGUGGGGCUGGCGCUGCCUGGCGGCGGCCCGGCCGUGGCGGUGUCGCUGGCGGUGGCGGGCGGGCGGGUGGCGGCGCCGGCCUUCCGGCGCGAGCUGCUGCCGCCGGGCUGCUUACAGGCGCUGCAGUAUGCGCUGGAGGACGGACUGCCGGUGGUGCUGGAAGUGGCCAGGUACGUGUCGGCUGAGGGCAUGGCCGACCCUGCUUUCGAGGGCUACCACGCCGCGGCGGCGGCGCCCGCACUGGCGGCGGGGCUGGGCGCUGCGGGCGCCACGGAGGCGGCGGCGGAGGGGCUGUCGCUGACCGCCUGGGCCGCGUCCGGCGCCAAGACCUGCCUGCCGCCCUACACCGCGCCCGCGGGCAAGCCCAAGCCCGUGGAGGCCGAGGUGCCGCCCGCCGGCACCUGCCUGUGGGAGAAGGCCGGGGCGCAGCUGGCCGUCUCGCUGCGCUUCGCGCGGCCGGUGGUGCCCGCUUGGCGGCCGCCGCCGCCGCCGCCUCGGCCGCUGCUGGAGCUCAUCCCGCCGCGUGACCUGACGCCCAAGCCGCCGCCCACCACCGCAGUGGAUGAGUUCAAGGCCAAGGUGCGUGUGAUCGCCCGGGCCCUGGCUGAGGAGUACAAGGCUGUGCUGCCGCCGCCUGACGCCAGCGUGGCGGCCGCGGCGGCGGGCGGCGGCGCGGAGGGCCGCCACAAGGCACUCAUCUUUGAGCUGAACCGCAGCGGCAAGUACGCCCAGAUGCGGGACAGCCUCAAGACCGCGGUGGUGUCGCUGGUGCGUGAGAAGUACCGCAAGAGCGGCUCCAUGUCGCCCAACGAGAUGGCGCUGCUGUACAACGACCUGUACGGCAGCCUGCUGGCCGCCGUACACAGCUCCCUCAACGACCUGGUGGACGCGGCGGCGGCGCGGCCGCGGGCGCCGCCGCCGGCGCCGGUGCCUGACAAGCAGCGCCUUGGGGAGCUGCUGGAGCUGGCGGCGCAGGCCGAGGCCAUGGGCGACACGGACCGGGCCGAACUGCUGCACCAGCGCCGACUGCUGGCCAAGAACGACGCGCAGGUGUGGUACGAGUACGGCACGUACUGCCUGCGGCGCGGCGGCGCCAAACGCGGCCGCGCGGAGGAGUGCUUCCGGGAGGCUCUGGCGCUGGAGCCGGCCCACAGGGGGGCGCUGCUGGCGCUUCUGGGCUGCAGCGUGGCGGCAGGCCGCAACACAGACCCGGCAUACCUAGAGUCCGCCGAGGCCGCCGCCCACCGGCUGCUGGACGUGGCCGGCCGCUCCUCGCUGGACGCCUGGGCCGCGCUGGCGGUCGUCUACCGAGCCUACGGCGAGGCCAAGAGGGCGGAGCUGGCCUCGUGCGAGCAGGAAAUGGCGCGGCUCGAGAAGCAGCAGCUGGCGGCAGCGGCGGCGGCGGCCAGCGCGGGCGUAUCGCCGUCGCCGUCGUACGGGGAGGGCCGCGCGGGCGGGAACGGAGGAGGGGUGCCGGCAACAGAGCCGUCCACGGCGUCGGCGGGCAGCGUGGCGGGCAGCGCGGGAGAGCUGCAGGCCCGCUCCUUCAUCAGCCUGGCCAACACGCUGCUCGAGUCGCUGGCGCUGCCCGCCGAGGCCGCACUCGCGCUGGAGCUCGCCGCGGGCCUACGACACUGGCCCUCCGUGGGACCCGACACACGCACACUACACGCGCUGGCAGGGGCGCUGGCAGAGCAGGCGCUGGCGCGCGCCGCCGGCGGCGGCGCCGCCUCGGCGGCGGCGGAGGCGAUGCUGACGCCGGGCAGCAGCGUGCUGAGCAUGAUGCGUGCGGACGCGGGCGAGGCGGUGAGCUCGGUGGCGGCGGAGGCGGCGUGGCGUUGCCGGCUGCUGGUGGCGCAGCUGCACAAGGCGCGGGGGGCCACGGACGAGGCCAUUCGCUUUUACCAGGAGUACAUCGAGGCUGCGCGCUCGUCCGGCCGCCUGGCCGAGGUGCCGCUGUCCGCCUGGCUCGAGCUGGCGGAGGCCUACGCCGCACGAGGCCAGGCCCGCUUCGCCGCCGACGUAUUCCUGCUGGGCGCCUCGGCGCGCCCCGGCUGCGCGGUGCUGUGGCGCGGAGCGGGCCGCUGCUUCGUGGGGGCUGAGGAGCUGGGGCCGGCGGACAUGGCGCUGAGCGAGGCCAACGUACUGGACCCCGAGGACCCGGAGGCGUGGGGCUGGCUGGCGCUGGUGGCGCUGCGGGAGGGGCGCGCGGAGGACGCGGAGAAGGCUCUGGCGUUCGGCCUGCGCUGCGGCCUGGGCGACCCCGGCUUGCUGCUGGACAUCGCCGCCGAGUACCGGGCGGCGGGGCAGCGCCGGGCGGAGCAGCGCGUGCUGCAGGAGGUGGCUGUGAAGUUGAUGCCGGAGAGCUGCUCCGCACGGCUGCUGCUGGCGCGCUGCCUGGUGGCGCAGCGCUGCGGCGCCGAGGCGGCGGAGGCGGUGGCGGCGGCGCGGCAGCUGGCGGCGCACGAGGACGACGAGGCGGCGGUGGCGGAGCUGGAGGCGGAGCUGAGGGGCAUGGCGUGAGGGGGCGGCCGGGUGUGUGUGUAUGUGAGUGAUGGUGGGGGUGGGGAGAAGUUGUGGCCUUGGGGUUGGGGAGAAGUGUGGAGGUGGGGCUGGCGUUGAUGCAUGCAGAGGAAAGGCAUUUCAGAGGGACCUUUGGUUGAAGUUCAGAGGUGGAGCAAUGGAAGCCAUGUGUUCAGCACAUCGGCGAUUUGACCAGACUGGCAGCAUGGGAACUUGGCAAUUGUGCAGGGCAGGAGGGGCCGGUGCGGCUCUAGCGAGGCCCAAGGCGAGGCCUACGCUUGCCGCUUGGCGGUUGGCAGGCUGGGGUACACAGUACGGUAUAGACUACGUGGCGGACAGGCAGGCUUGGUGUGACA